AUAUAUAGUAUAUAUUGUUUGUGGGGCUCAAGAAAAUCCGGAGAAAGUAAGAGAAAAAUGAAGAGGAUGAGAGAAGCGGAGACGGCGGCAUCGGAGAUCAGGUCCGCCAUUGAGGAGCUUUCACUCUUCGGGGUCAACCUCAAAAUUGGUUGCACCACCGUCCCUGCCGCCGCCGCUGCCUCUGUUGCCGCUGCUGAUACUGAUACUGAUAUUCAUACUCAGACAAGUAGCACUACUACUACUACUUCUACUCAGCAUCAUGUUCACAUCAAGCCUUUUCUCUCUCUUUGCAAUAUCCUCAUUCAAAUUCUUGAUAAGAUAGGGCCAACAAUGGCUGUACUGAGACAAGACAUUCAUCAAAACAUACAGAGAUUAGAGAAGUUCCAUGACUCUGAUCCAUCAAAGUAUUGGGAUGUGGUUGAGAUUCUCAAGAAAGAAGUCAACGAAGGCAAAGCCAAAAAGGGCCCCACAUGCAGUAAAGCCUUUGUUUGGCUUAAUAGGUCUCUCGAUUUCACCCGAGCUUUAUUACAGUUACUUGUGAAGGAUUUGGGGAAAAAUAUGGAGGAAGCUGUUGAAGAGUCAUAUGCCACCACUUUAAAACCAUGGCAUGGAUGGAUUUCUUCUGCUGCAUAUAAAGUAGCAAUAAAAUUGGUGCCUGAUAGUCAAACUUUAGUUGACAUUCUCAAGGUCAAAGACGAAGACAAUGUUAUGCUCAAGGAAGAAAUGCAGAACCUCGUCGCUUUACUCGUCCCCGUUUUAGACCAAAACAACGAGAUUCUGAGAAUGUACCAGUUGGAUAAGUUGAAAUCGACGUGAUCGAAGAAGUCGAUUUUUAAGAUUGUCUCAAACAACUGUGUACAUCGUUCAGUUUUGCCUAGUUAAAUCUUUUUAU